GUACGUGGUACUGACCACGAAGCAUCAUGAAGGCUUCACCAACUGGGGGUCGCCUGUGUCCUGGAACUGGAAUUCUCUGGAUACGGGGCCCCACCGAGAUCUUGUAGGAGAGCUGGGACAAGCCCUCAGGGAGAGCAACAUACGCUAUGGACUGUAUCACUCUCUGUUAGAGUGGUUUAAUCCACUCUAUCUAGCUGACAAAGAAAGUGGCUUCAAGACCCAGAACUUCGUUUUAAAGAAGGCAAUGCCAGAACUUUAUGAUCUUGUCUUAAAAUAUAAACCAGAUUUGAUUUGGUCGGAUGGAGACUGGGAAGCUCCGGAGUCGUACUGGAAUUCUACCUCUUUCCUUGCCUGGCUUUAUAACGAUAGUCCUGUCAAGGACACUGUUGUCGUUAAUGAUCGUUGGUGUAAUAACUGCUCUUGCCAUCAUGGAGGCUACUACAAUUGUGCUGACAAAUACAAGCCAGGGACCCUGCCAACUCACAAGUGGGAGAUGUGCUCCUCCAUUGACAAGCUUUCUUGGGGCUAUCGAAGCAACAUGAAUAUUGCUGAGUUAAUGGAUGAAGCAAGCAUCACUGAGGAGCUAGUGCAGACUGUGAGUUUUGGAGGCAACUACCUUCUCAAUGUGGGACCUACAAAAGAGGGGGUGAUUGUUCCCAUCUUCCAAGAAAGACUUCUGGCCCUUGGGAGGUGGCUGGACACUAACGGGGAGGCAAUUUAUGAAUCGCAGCCAUGGAGAGUACAGAUGGAGAACAACACAGACACGGUCUGGUACACGUCUAAGGGACCAGUUGUCUAUGCCAUCUUUCUGAUCUGGCCUCGGGAAAAUAUUUUGGAGCUGUCCUCGCCUUCUCCAUCCCCAGCCACACACGUGACCAUGUUGGGUUUUGCCGGGACUCUGAAGUGGCAGAAGUCCCCAGGUAAAGGACUUCUCAUAACUUUGCCUUACAUGCUUCCAUCUCCUCUACCUCCUCAGUCUGGCUGGACUCUCAAGCUUGAGGGUGUGAAGUGAUGGCUGCGGG